AUAAGAUGUUUCAGUUUUAUGAGGAUGAUCCCUCUAAAAUUAAGUUUCUACGUCUAACUGAACGUAUUCGAGAAUCAUUGAAAGAAUGUGAUUUACCAAUAAUGAAACAUCAUUUACUAUGUCUGAAUCUUCCAAGAUAUGGGAUAGAAGAAUCAGCCAAAAUUCUUAAUCUGUUGGACAUCUUCAGCUUUCCUUUGUCUCAUAAUUAUUUUAGCAGUUCUGAUGUUGUAUUUAUGCAGCUUCUACUAAGAUGUUUAGGAAGAGAGGACCUGGAAGAAAUGUGUAUACAAUAUGCCACUGAGGAGAGUGAGGCUUUGUGUUACUAUGCAGAACGUACAAAAACAGAAAAUGGAUGCACACAUGUGCAAUUUCACAUUUCUAAAAAUAUUAAUAGCUAUCCCCGGAAAAAUGCAGAGAGAUUAAGAGAGACUGUUGCUGAACUAGUUGAGUGUCCUAAACACAGUAUUAUAUUGGACGGAAUUCUCCGUUCAAGUAGCUUCAACUUAGUGUUUCAAAUGAAGAGGGAAUACGUGUCAAAACUGAUAAAUAUGCAGCCGCAAAAGUUAGCUGUACUUGGUAGAUACGCAGUGGACAAAAUAAUUGUUGGUCAGCAGACGAUUCCUAUAGACUCAAAUGAAACAUGCACAGAUAUGUGCCUGUCAGACUUUGUCUAUAUAGGACUGUGUCGUGAAGUAGGGAGUCCUACAGAAGUGAGGAUCAGAAGAGAAGUUAUGGACACUGAGGAGGUGUUGAAAAGACCUGUGAACAUCUUGAGGGGAUUUGAUAGAAUGACGAGUGGGAGUAAAGGUGAGGGAUUCAGAUUAAUUACUUCAGAUGAAGAUUGGAUGUUCUGGCCUCCAGACCACAAGGUGAUAUGUGAUCUCUCUCAGAUCAAUCUCUACCGUAUCCCACAACACAUCGUAAUCCUGAUGGAGUGUGAUGAUGGGAUGCCACCAGGAUUUACCAGACUUAACUUGAUGAGUCCAUCAAACAAUGCAAAAAUAUUUUCCUCCUGUGUGGUAAUGAAUAACACUGUAUAUAUUUCAAGCACAUUGUUCAGAGAUAACCAGUUGCAAUUGUUUAAGACCAUCAGUGUCUCUGAUACGUCUGUUUUUCCUCAUGGACCUUGUUCUACACAAAGCAUUGACACA